AUCACUUCCGUUUCCUUUUCUUCAUCGUUCUACUCCUCAAUGUUUCAAUUGGAGGAAAUGCUGAUGCUGCCAUUCUGCCGCCACAAAAAUACUGGGAAUCUGUGUUCCCGAACACCCCCAAUGCCCAAGUCCCUGCAGAUUCUCAUAAACCCACCUUCAUCUGCGGGAAACACCAAAGCAUUGGCCGAGAUGUUCCAUUCCAACACCAACACCGUUGACUCCCUCCUCGGCUCCUAUGCAGUAUAUAAAAUCAAUCCAAGUACCACUACCAAUCCUGAUAAAGAGGCUGAAGCAGAUGGCAAAGGCAUUUUUUUCUUGGAAAACCAACUACCCGUGGGUAGGACGUUGAAAGUAAACGAGAUAUUGAAGACAAUGAACAAAGCUUCGUUCUUGCCUCGUCAAAUUGCACAAUCAAUACCCUUUUCCAGCCGAAAAUUCCCAGAAAUCUUCAACUAUUUUUCAGUGGAACCAAACUCCAACGAGGCUGAUCUAAUCAAACAAACCAUUCAAAACUGCGAAAUACCAGCCAUGAAAGGUGAGCAGAGGUACUGCGCCACGUCUUUAGAAUCCUUGAUCGACUGGACCGUUUCCAAACUCGGAAAAAACAUCCAGGUUUUGUCGAACUACGUGGAGGAGGAGACCGAAAAUCGAGUGUUUGCCAUCGCCCGGGUAGCCAAAAAGGUUGGUGAAACGGAGAUGGUGUGCCACAAACUGAAAUAUGCAUAUGCUGUGUUUUUAUGUCAUUCGAUCGAGAAAACAACGGCCUAUACGGUUCCGUUGGUGAGCGCCGAUGGGUCGACGAAGGCUAAACUAUUGGCUAUCUGUCAUGAAGAUACAUCUGCUUGGAGCCCUGAUCACUUGGCUUUUCAGAUUCUUAAAGUUAAGCCGGGAACUGUUCCCGUUUGCCAUUUUCUCACCAAAGAGACCCUGGUUUGGGUCCCUAAGUGAUCAAAUUUCAUCAAAUAUCUGUAUGUAUGUAUGUAUGUA